AUGGCUUCCCGACAGCUUCAUGGUAAAGCCACUGUGGUGCGGACUCUUUCGCUACGUCGAAUUCUCCUUCGUGCAUUGCGAAUCACCUUUUGGUGCUGUGUGCACAAAUACAUCAUAUGUUCAGUCAACUUUAUCGACGUUCUUGCAGCACCCUUCGAACGGAUACUCAAAGGUCGGGAUGCGUUAAUUGAUGGGUCCAUCCUAUGCUUUGCCGCUUACAUGUUUGUCGUCCGAUUCAACGUCUUCUACGUCAUUUUUUACAAUUUAUCGCGACUAAUUGGGGACCUUCAACAGCUACUCCUUUCACCUGCCUUUGCUUCAAACACAACGCAGCUUGUUAAAGGUAAUCCAAACGCAGAAAGAAUUUGGAAGGAGGCCUCGCUGAUUGAACGGUGGCUCAAAGUAGAGGUUAAAACAGAAUGCUUGAUGCCAGAGGGCCCCUGCUGUGUAAUGGUCGCCUUUACGUCGUCAGAAAUUUGGAGGUAA